CUCACUCGCUUCUUCCCGCCCUCCCCGUAGCGCCGGCCGAGCCGGCUUCCCCUCCGUCUCUCAUGAAUAUUGAGCGGCCCCUGUUGUAUUUCCCGAGCUCCAUUGCGGAAGCCGAGGCUCGCCAUAUUGUGCGGCGGCGCCGGCGGCCGCGGCGGCUGAUACCUGAGUCUCGCUCCGGCCGCGGCCAGCGGAGCCCCGGGCUGGGGUAGGAGCCGCAAUGUCUCAGGCUGUGCAGACAAAUGGAACUCAACCAUUAAGCAAAACAUGGGAACUCAGUUUAUAUGAAUUACAACGAACACCUCAGGAGGCAAUAACAGAUGGCCUGGAGAUUGUGGUUUCACCUAGAAGUCUACACAGUGAAUUAAUGUGCCCAAUUUGUUUGGAUAUGUUGAAGAACACCAUGACUACAAAGGAGUGUUUGCAUCGUUUUUGUGCAGAUUGUAUUAUCACAGCCCUUAGAAGUGGCAACAAAGAAUGUCCUACUUGUCGGAAAAAGCUAGUUUCCAAAAGAUCACUCAGGCCAGAUCCAAACUUUGAUGCACUCAUCAGCAAAAUUUAUCCAAGUCGUGAUGAGUAUGAAGCUCAUCAAGAGAGAGUAUUAGCCAGGAUCAACAAGCACAAUAAUCAACAGGCACUCAGUCAUAGCAUUGAGGAAGGACUGAAGAUACAGGCCAUGAACAGAUUACAGCGAGGCAAGAAACAGCAGAUUGAAAAUGGCAGUGGAGCAGAAGAUAAUGGUGACAGUUCACAUUGUAGUAAUGCAUCCACACAUAGCAAUCAGGAAGCAGGCCCUAGUAACAAACGGACCAAAACAUCUGAUGAUUCUGGGCUUGAACUUGAUAAUAACAAUGCAACAGUGGCAAUUGAUCCAGUAAUGGAUGGUGCUAGUGAAAUUGAAUUAGUAUUCAGGCCUCAUCCCACACUUAUGGAAAAAGAUGACAGUGCACAGACAAGAUAUAUAAAGACUUCAGGUAAUGCCACUGUUGAUCACUUAUCCAAGUAUCUGGCUGUGAGAUUAGCUUUAGAAGAACUUCGAAGCAAGGGAGAAUCAAACCAGAUGAACCUUGACACAGCCAGUGAGAAGCAGUAUACCAUUUAUAUAGCAACAGCAAGUGGCCAGUUCACUGUAUUAAAUGGCUCUUUUUCUUUGGAAUUGGUCAGUGAGAAGUACUGGAAAGUGAAUAAACCCAUGGAACUUUAUUACGCACCCACCAAGGAGCACAAAUGAGCUUUUAAAAACCAAUUCUGAGACUGAACUUUUUUAUAGCCUGUUUCUUUAAUAUUAAAGAUGUACCAUCAUUACUUUUAUGGACA